GGCUAAACCCGUUUUGGGCCCGAACUAUGUGAUACCAUAAAUAUAUUUAUGGUAUCUGUUUUAAUAAAUAUAUUUAUGGUAUCACAGAGUUCGGGCCACGGGCUUAGCCCCUGUGCAUGUACAGACAGUACGUUAGAUCAAUGAGCUAAAAAGACCUACAAUUAUUUUGAUUGCGAUGUGGGCUUUUUUAACGCAUCCACAUUCAAGCAGGUCUAUUCCGACCCAUAAUGUAACUAACUGAACGUGAAGAAGGGGAUAUUUACUGUUUCCUCCGCACUUGUCAUGUUUCAUUUCUGUGUACACCGCUAGCUUGUCCAUGGAAUGGCGGAACAUUCCUGGUGUUGCUGUGUUUUUACCGAUCCCUUAGUACAUUUUCUGUUACACUGAUCGCACAAGAACAAAGUUUUCAUGAGGAUUUACAAAGUGCCCCUGGCAAAGAUGAAGGUGAUCACGGUACUUUGUAAACCAUCACGAUGAUUGAUGCAGGGGUCAGAUGGCGGACGGAAUCCAUGGAUGAAAUAAAAAUGGCUGAACCUGGUCCGUACGUAGCUAACUUCAACAUCCGUCGCUGGACAGUGAAUAAAGACGAUUUUACCAAUGGUUCAUCAGAUGUUUGGGACAAAAUACUGAACUUAGACGAGGAGUUUGAUUCCUUUGUUUUGCAUCCGUGGGCCUGGGUGGAGGCGGAUCUAACAGUUCCCUUCUAUGUUUACCUUGUACCAAUUUUAGCACUUUUGACAUUUUGUUCGAACACGCUCAUGAUAGUCGUAUUCGUGAGAGAGAAAAUGCUAUCCUCCAUCAAUAUCAUAAUGAUAGCUAUUGGCAUUUCUGACACCUUACACGUGUUUCUACCAUCGCCUUUCCUGCUGGCUCUGUAUUUUUCGGAUGUCUCACCAUUCAUACCAAACCGUUACUGUAGAUUAUGGGAUUACCUAGCCAAGUAUAUUCCGGAAAUAACGCACACAGCUUCAAUAUGGCUGACCGUUUUCCUCAGUUUACACCGAUAUGUUGGAGUGCGGUAUCCUUUCUACAUCAGACAAAUCUCCACGCGAAGGAAAAGUGUGAUAUGUGUUAUAACGGUCUACUGUUGUUCUUCAAUGUUACACCUUUGUCGAUUUGUUGAUACAACGUAUGUCGACUUUCACGUCGUUCAGGAAAACAAAGACAUUUUCACUUGUAAAGCUGUGCAUUCUGAUUGGAUAAAGGGAUAUGAGGUCCGAUACGAGUGUAUAUACUACUGGACCUGCAUCGUCCUCAUUAAGGUUCUCCCGCUCGCCAUUGUGGUGACGUUAGAUUUCCUCAUGGCGCGGGAACUUCUCCGAGCAGACAAUAAACGGCAGCGUUUCCUGUCUGACAACCAGUCAUCCAAAGAAAGCCGACGCGUGACGUGGAUAGUGAUUACCGUUGCGGCCAUUUUUUCUUUGGUGGAAAUUCCGAUAACGAUCAUUCUAAUUCUAUGGACACUUUCCAUGGUUCAUGACAAGAUGUAUGUGUCGGAGGUGCAACUAGGGGAGCUUAGCGUCGUCUUCAACAUCAUCAUUUACAUAUCAUUUCCAUGCAUUCUGUUUCUGUACUGCUUGAUGUCUAAGAAAUUUCGGAAAUACCUGCCUUGUAGAACUUCUAAAAUUACCAGUGUCAAGAUAUUUCAAAAGGCUCAUCCACAUAACAUGGAAACCGAAUGCUGAAACGCCACGUUGAAAUUUCCUUGUAUAUUCGAACACGAUCAUUUUCAACUCGUACUAAAUAUGACGCACCAUUAUGAGUGAUGAUACAACAGUAUAUUUUAAAAUAGAAAAUUAUCGCGAUUGGAAUAUAUGGGAGAGACAGCAAUCAGAAGCUAAUCAAUUAUAUUCUACUUGUAAUUGGUAUCAGGAAACCAAUAUGUGUGAAAAAUCAAAUUGAAUUAAAGGACUGAAACAUUCGUUUAAAAAAAAAA